UUUCUUCCUGUCAGCGACACAUGUAGAACAAGCAGCUAACGGGACCCAGAGAGAGAAGCAGACCGGAGGACAGUCAAUUAUAGCCUCUAUGCCAGCCUCGUUAUUUCUUUCCCCUUUCUUUUGCCAAAACACGCACUUCUCGGUCUGAGGACAUUACGGCAUGCGUAGACCUGUAAUUACGUCUUGCAAUGGACUCCCUUUGUUCCAGCGAAAAAAGCAGCAACAGUAAAACGGGAAUCAUCCAGUGGAAAUACUAUCUGAUAACUCCAUUUGCUCGGCGCUCCGCUUGUUGCCAGUGAAUAUCUCGAGCGAGAGGUCCGCUGUCUCGCGGAGCUGGAGGCCGACCGCGCGCGUUAGUGCACCCGCUUUUUACCUGUACUUUUUUGGGGACUGUUGUAGUCUACCUGUUUACCGUAUCGACCCUGCAAGUCAUUAACUUUACAGCCAUUACUCUUAAAAGAGACCAACGAGGGACAAUGGUGAAUCCCGGAGGCAGCAGCCAGCCACCACCAGUGGGCACAGGCUCCCUGUCCUGGAAGCGGUGUGCAGGGUGCGGGGGCAAAAUUGCAGACCGUUUCCUCCUUUACACCAUGGACAGCUACUGGCACAGCCGAUGCCUCAAGUGCUCCUGCUGCCAGGCCCAGCUGGGCGAAAUCGGCACGUCGUGCUACACAAAAAGCGGCAUGAUCCUCUGUAGAAACGACUAUAUCAGAUUAUUUGGAAACAGUGGAGCUUGCAGUGCUUGUGGUCAGUCCAUUCCAGCCAGUGAACUGGUGAUGAGGGCACAGGGCAAUGUGUACCACCUCAAGUGUUUCACUUGUUCCACCUGCCGGAACCGGCUCGUCCCCGGGGAUCGGUUCCACUACAUCAACGGCAGCCUGUUCUGCGAACACGACAGACCCACAGCACUCAUCAACGGCCAUUUGAGUUCACUGCAGACAAACCCACUACUGCCCGACCAGAAGGUGUGUUAGGCGGGAGCCGUGCAGGAAGCAGGAUGUGUGCCUUCAUUUUAGCCCUUACUCAUUGUCACCCGAGACAGCGUGGAUCAGCAGCACCCCAGCCUUUUAGCUGUGCUCCCAGGCCCUUUGCCCCAAAGGAAUCCUCUACCCAUCUUACCAGUUACCUGACUUUUAUUUCUGCAAACCCAUACCCAGCGCUCAGCCUUCAACCUUGGCUUUUUCCCCAAACAUGGGUGGAUACUUGCACUUAAUGCACCUGAAUCGGGACGUUGAGGACUCCAUGACCUUGGAAAUUUUUUAAAAAAGGAGACCGAUCAGACUCCAAGGGGGACUCUUCAGGAAGAGAAAAUGAAAUAACACACAAGAGGAUGUUGUGACUGAAGUGAAGAGAAGAGAAAAAGACUAAUGAUGUUAAAGCGAUGCAGGCUUUUCAACUCUGCAUAUUUGUUUAAAAGACAUUUUGGGGGAAAACCUGGGACCUUUUUCAUUUUUCCUCUCUUCCUUUUCUAUCCUCAUUUCCCAACAACAUGGUGUUUCCACUUUAUAUAUUUUAAGUGUUGUCAAAGGGGAAUGUGUUUUGUUUUUUUCUUUGGUGGUAUAUAUAGAAAAAGAGGGGUUUUAAAAAAAAAUCUGUGGCUUUUUGUGGAAAACAAAUCAUGAACACUCUCUUGGUGUAUUUGUAAAACUACCAUGUAUGUACAGUAUGCAUGUAAAUGUCGUUGUCCAGGCGUGGCUACAGUACAUCUGUCCCUCCGCACUCCACUCCUCCUUCCUUCCUCCCCUCCAAACCUAAACCCAUGGCAAAGUAAAGAAAUUUGCUCAUAGUAAUGUAGAGAUCAUCACCAACAUAUAAAUGCUGAAUGAAAGAGAAAUUUAUUUGUGAUAUUUUCCGAGACAUUUGCUCCAGUAUGGUGUAUUUAAUUAAUAAAAAUAUUGAAGAUUUAAAA